GAAUUACCACAAAGGACAGCCGGGUGAGGUUUCAAGAGCCAGAUAAUACCACCAGUGCAUCUUUGAAAUCAGGAUCCAGCAUGGCCUUGAGGCAGGGCCAGUUUCCAAGGGGUCGCCCUAUUUUGCAGUAUCCAAUUCCCGAUUACAAGGACGUUAAGCCUAAAACGAACACGUACAAUACACCGAAAACGUGUGGCAAAAACGUCCAGAUCUCGGAAGUACAAUAUCACAGGCCGGAACAAAAUGCAAGAACCAACAAGGACAACUACAAGGAGCCUUCCCAGAUACCUGUAAUGGUCAAAUCAAAGGUCUCGGAAGAACAAAACCGCACGCAGGAGAAACAGGCAACAAAGAAUAGGGAAUGGAACGGGGCGAAGCCUUCCAAGAUACCUGUAUUGAUCAGAUCAAAGGUCCCGGAAGGACAAGACCACACGCAGGAGAAGCAAGCAACGAUCAAAAGGGAAUGGAAGGGGGCGAAGCCUUCCAAGAUACCUGUAUUGAUCAGAUCAAAGAAAUCGGAACGGCUUACAGAGGAUGGCAAUUCGGCACCUGUGGAUUCAGUCCAAGGGCAGAGGUCAUAUAUAGAAGAACACAAUGACAGGGAGAUUAAUAAAAGAAUAACGGGCUAA